CCUUUCACUUAUACAUUUAGCCUAUGCAAUCUACCCCUUCUCCACUUUAACUAAACAAAACAUUCUUUUUUUUUUUCCUUGAAAAUUAAAAACAAAAUAAAUCCAAUUAGCACCAAGAAUUUAAUGUCCCAAUUGACAUCUUUUUAUGUUUUCAUUGGAGAUGUUCAGAUCCCCCUCCCUCGUUAUACCUAUCGAACUAUUAAAAAGACCCAAUUAACAGCUAGCCUUUUGCGCCAAUCUAAUUAACUAAACCAAUUAUGUCAGAGACCACCAAUGCAGGUGAAAAACACGUCGCGGUUUUGGCAUUCCCGUUCGGCACUCAUGCAGCCCCACUUCUGAGCCUUGUAAGCAGAAUCGCAGCCACAGCCCCGAACGUGUAUUUCUCAUUCUUCUGCACUUCCAACUCCAACAACUCUGACUUCUCCAACGAGGGCUUGAAUAACAUAAAGCCUUACGACGUGUAUGAUGGGUUGCCUGAGGGUUAUACGUGCAGCUUUAAUAAUCCGAUCGAGCCGGUGAUGCUGUUUUUAAAGGCCAUGCCAGAGAACUAUAAGAGCGUGAUGGAAGUAGCUGUGAGAGAGAGACAGAGAGAGAUAAGCUGUAUAAUGAGUGAUGCAUUUUUUGGGUUCGCUGGAAAAAUGGCUGAAGAAAUGGAUGUGAAUUGGGUUCCACUUUGGACUGCUGGACCUCGCUCACUUCUGGUUCAUGUUGACACAGAUGUCAUCCGCAAAAGACUUGGAGAUAGUGGCAGUGAAGACCAAACCCUUGAAAUCAUUCCAGGAUUUUCUUCAUCAAUGCGUGCAGUCGAUUUACCUGAAGGAGUGAUAAUAAACAUAUCAACCCCCUUUUCUAUGAUGUUACACAAUAUGGGAUUAAUGCUGCCACAUGCAACUGCGGUUGCCAUAAACUCCUAUGAAGAGAUAGACCUUGAUAUUGUGAAUAUACUCAAGCAAAGAUUCCACGAGUUUCUCAAUAUUGGUCCAUUCCUACUAACAUGUCCACAAACAAUCUGCUCUGAUGAGCACGGUUGCUUGGAGUGGUUGGACAAGCAUAAAACCGAUUCUGUGGCAUACAUUAGCUUUGGAAGUGUGAUAACACUUCCACCUCCUGAGCAAGCAGCACUGGCAGAAGCACUAGAGGCAAGUGGGUUUCCAUUUCUUUGGUCACUUAGGAGCUUUGAGGAAAGUUUGCCAAAGGGGUUUAUAGAAAGGACAAGAACACAAGGAAAAAUAGUUCCAUGGGCUCCCCAAAUGCUAGUCUUAGGACAUCGUUCAGUUGGGGUGUUUGUGACACAUUGUGGAUGGAAUUCUGUUUUGGAAAGUGUUAUCGCCGGCGUGCCAAUGAUUUGUAGGCCUUUUUUCGGAGACCAGAGACUGAACAUGCGAACCGUAGAGGCGUCUUGGGGCGUUGGUGUAGGUCUAGAAGGUGGGGUUUUUACUAAAGAUGGAAUGGUGAAGGCCUUGGAACAAACUUUGUCUAGUGAACAAGGGAAGGAAAUGAGAGAGAAAGCGGAAGCUUUCAACAAGUCUGCAUUGGAAGCUGUUGCACGUGAUGGUAGCUCUACUAAAGAUUUCAACACUUUGGUUAAGUUGGUCACCAGUUAAAAGGAUAUUAGCUGUAGUGAUCAUACAUUAAUUUCUCCUUUUGGCUUGUAAUUCUACUACAAAGGUGAAGUAGUGGAAAGCUUGUUUGAGCAAUGUACCAUGAUUUCAGUACCUGGAGUUUUAAUGUAUAAG